AUGCUCUGCCCGGCGCUGCUCGCCGCCUCCCUCGCCUUCUCCUUCGCCUGGGGCUUCUCCGGGCCCAGCGGAGGGUCCUCCUCCGCCUCCUCCUCCCCUCGGUGCCCGCUUCCCUGCAGCUGCGACGGCGACGGCGGCGUGGACUGCUCCGGGAGAGGUCUGUCCGCGGUGCCGCCAGAGGGGCCGCUCAGCGCCUUCACGCACUCGCUGGAUAUCAGUAUGAACAAUAUAACAAGAUUACCAGAGGAUGCAUUCAAGAAUUUCCCUUACCUUGAAGAGCUACGGCUGGCUGGCAAUGACCUUGCAUUUAUUCAUCCAAAGGCCUUGUCUGGGUUGAAGGAACUCAAAGUUCUCACUCUGCAGAACAAUCAGUUGAAAACUGUUCCUAAUGAAGCCAUCAGAGGACUUGGUGGACUGCAAUCCUUGCGUUUAGAUGCUAACCACAUUACUGUGGUGCCAGAAGAUAGUUUUGAGGGCCUGGUUCAAUUGCGUCACCUGUGGCUGGAUGAUAACAGCUUGACUGAAGUCCCUGUCAUUCCACUCAGCAAUCUGCCCUCCCUACAAGCCCUAACCUUGGCGCUCAACAAAAUAACAGACAUCCCUGACUUUGCAUUUACAAAUCUAUCAAGCCUUGUUGUUCUACAUCUCCAUAACAAUAAAAUAAAAACAUUGGGACAUCAUUGUUUUGAUGGAUUAAAUAAUCUGGAAACUUUGGAUUUAAAUUAUAACAACAUGGUUGAGUUCCCUGAGGCAGUUAAAGCGCUUCCAAGUCUGAAGGAGUUGGGAUUUCACAGUAAUUCCAUUUCUAUGAUUCCCGAUGGUGCAUUUGUAGGAAAUCCACUUCUAAGAACUAUACAUCUGUAUGAUAACCCUUUAUCCUUUGUUGGGAACUCAGCUUUUCAAAACCUGUCAGAUUUACAUUCCCUGGUCAUCCGUGGAGCCAGCAUGGUACAAUCAUUUCCUAAUUUGACAGGAACUAGCAAUCUGGAAAGUCUGACUUUUACAGGCACUAAAAUAAGCAGUAUUCCUAUUGAUCUGUGUCAAGAGCAAAAGAUACUUCGAAUUCUGGAUUUGUCCUAUAACAAUGUAAAACUACUUCCAAGUUUUAAAGGCUGCAGUUUCCUGGAAGAAAUAUAUUUACAGCAUAAUCAAAUAGAGGAAAUCAAAGAAGAUACUUUCCAAGGACUACCCUCUCUACGUACUCUUGAUCUCAGCAGAAAUCUGAUCCACCAGGUUUACAAAGAGGCAUUUACUACACUUGGUGCUAUUACCAAUCUAGACCUAAGUUUCAAUGCAUUGAGUUCUUUUCCAACUGGAGGCUUGAGAAGGCUAAACCAGCUUAAACUAGUAGGCAAUACUGAACUGAAAGAUGCACUCUCAGCAAAGGACUUUAUGAAACUCAGAUCUCUAUCUGUUCCAUAUGCCUAUCAAUGUUGUGCCUUCUGGGCCUGUGACUCUUAUUUAAACUCCAACACUGAAGAUUCCAGCCACCAAGGUCAGAGUUGGUCAGUUGCACAUGACCAGGGUACAUCAGAUACAAAUGAUUUAAACAGUGAUGAAAAUGAAGAACUUGGUCAAACAGUAAUUCACUGUACCCCCACAACAGGUGCUUUCAAGCCCUGUGAAUACUUACUUGGAAGUUGGAUGAUUCGUCUUACAGUCUGGUUUAUUUUUCUGGUUGCUUUGUUCUUCAAUAUGCUUGUCAUGUUAACUAUAUUUACUUCUUGUACUUCACUGCCUUCAUCCAAACUGUUUAUAGGUUUGAUUUCUAUAUCUAACUUACUUAUGGGGAUCUAUACUGGGAUAUUAACUUUCCUCGAUGCAGUCUCCUGGGGGAGGUUUGCUGAAUAUGGCAUCUGGUGGGAGACAGGCAGUGGCUGUAAAGUUGCUGGGUUUCUUGCAAUCUUCUCGUCAGAAAGUGCCAUUUUGUUCCUAAUGCUAGCUGCUAUUGAGCGGAGCUUAUCUGCAAAGGAUAUCCUUAAAAAGGGCAAAAGUAAUCAUCAAAAACAGUUUCGAAUUGCAGCCACUCUUGCUUUCUUUUGUGCAUUGGUAGCAGGAUGUUUGCCACUUUUCCAUAAGGGAGAGUAUUCUGCAUCACCCCUUUGCCUGCCCUUUCCCACUGGAGAAACGCCUUCCUUGGGCUUUACAGUUACUUUAGUGCUCCUAAACUCAUUAGCCUUUUUGCUGAUGGCUAUUAUUUAUACCAAACUUUACUGUAAUUUAGAAAAAGAAGACCUGUCUGAGAACACACAGGCCAGCAUGAUUAAACAUGUUGCUUGGCUAAUCUUCACCAACUGCAUCUUUUUUUGCCCUGUGGCAUUUUUCUCCUUUGCACCACUCAUCACUGCAAUCUCUAUUAGCCCUGAGAUCAUGAAAUCUGUCACUCUAAUAUUUUUCCCAUUGCCUGCAUGUUUGAAUCCGGUCUUGUAUGUGUUCUUCAAUCCCAAAUUCAAAGAAGAUUGGAAGUUAUUAAGAUGGCACAUCACCAAGAAGAAUGGUACUGGAACAAUUGCUGUCAAUACACAAGGUGGCUGUGGGACACAGGAUUUUUACUAUGACUGUGGUAUGUAUACACAUCUGCAGGGCAACCUUACCAUGUGUGAAUGCUGUGAAUCAUUGCUUAUAUCCAAGCCUGUACCAUGUAAACACUUAAUAAAAUCCCACAGUUGUCCUGCUCUGACAGUAGUGCCUUGUCAAAGGGCAGAUGGCUACUGGUCAGAUUGUGGUACUCAAUCUGCCCAUUCUGAUUAUGCUGAUGAAGAGGACUCUUUUGUGUCAGAUAGUUCAGACCAAGUACAAGCCUGUGGACGUGCUUGUUUUUAUCAAAGCAGAGGUUUCCCUUUGGUUCGUUAUGCCUACAACAUCCCAAGAAGUAAAGACUGAAAGACUUUACUGCAAACCAUGUGCUAAAAGGACAUGAUGCUUCAUAUAGACAUUGGGGAUUUUUCAACUUUUUUACCUGGAAGCACUUUUUAAAAUCAUUGUUUGGGGCUAGUUAUAAACAAGGGAUGAAGCAGUAAAUAUCUUGAGCUAUCAUUUAAAAUAAGAGCUGUUGCUCUUAAUGUAAAUAAUUGGAAAACCAAAAUUUAUAUAAUCAUUGUAACUUUUUUUUCUUGGCAAGUAGUUAUAUAUUAUGUUUAUGUUCUUAUGAUAUUCUUUCAGGUUGUUAUGCAAUUGUAACUUACUGCUUCUGUUGGAAUGUGAAUUCUGUCAAGUUUUCCCAUUAAUACAACAGAGAGCUGUAGCUGAGGGAGGUGGGUGGGGAGGGAGAGCUGUUGCUAACUUUUGUAUAGCAUUUCUGACUCAAUCUCAGGACAAUUUACUGCAGGGCCAAAAUAUGGGAGUAUUCUUCCUGCGUGCAACUGUGAGACAAAUAUAGGCAAAACAUAUUUUCAUAACUCAGUGGCUUAAUUUGUCUGGAAUAUGCUUUUUAUUUUAGUCUGUUAUACAGGAUUUACAGAAUUAUUGUUCUUAAACAGAAUUUCACCCCUUAUGAUGAAUUCUGGAUGCAGAAUUCUGCCUGACAGCAAUUGGGAACUUGGAACUUUCACUUGCUAGCCUAGUAUGGAAAACCGUGUUAGCCAAAUUCAUGUUAUGUUACUUUGUAGCCUCAAUGUGCUUUUUCUCUGAUCUUCAAAUCUGUGUUUGGUUUCUGUAGUUAUGGUGAUUUCUCUGGUCUCCACUGUGCAUAUGGAGCUGCCCACAAAUGGGGUCAUGCAUCCCCAGAGCAUUUUAACCUUCUUCUCCAUUGUCACUCAAGCUAAAACUAGCACUUGAAGAACGUAUGAAUUUUUGGGUUGUGUUGUGUGUCCUGUGACAGCAAACAGGGCUGUGGAAAUUUACCUUGUGUAUCAACAUAAACUGCUGUCAUGAGGUAAAAUGUUCUUCAGAGAAGGAAAUAAUUGGAUUAUAACUGCAGCACAUAGUGCUUUGCAAUAGGUAUAAUAGGCCUGAACAUAGCACAUUUAUUUAGCAUUAAAAAUGAUGAUCUUCAUAGACACAGAAGUAAAACAUGUAAAUUUCCCUACUGCAUAGGAUCUAUUUUGCUGCUACCUUACAGUAAUGUGGAAAUGGGCUUCAAUUAAAACCAAAGGUUGGGAUAAGGUUAAUUCUUGCAUUUUAAGGCACUCAUUGAUUCUUAUUUAUCAAGUGUGAUCCUUGUUGCCUUUAGUGUGACGUUUGAGCAGCAUAAAAUUAUGAAUUCAUGAUAAACCUAAAUCAUAAUAUUUUAAAAAGAAGUUAUAUUGUUUGUAAUUCCACUGCCAUACCAGAAAUUCUGGCUUAAUUUUUGCUAAAUGAUUUAAUCUAGAUUGCUUUUAGGAAAAUUAAAUUGUACAUAGUGUGUAUAAAAAGAUUUUUUUCUCUGUAUUGUAAAUUAUUUGAUAAAACACAUGAUGGGAAAUGUGGCUUCAGUGUAUUUUGUUAAUUAAAGCUACCUCCUGAAAUAGAGCAGCUGCCAGUAGCAGAAUGUUUAAAUUGUGGUUUAUAUACUUUUUUGCAAUGUAAAUAAACAUUGGUUGUACAUUGUUGUUGUAAUAAAACCAGACGUUUUGUAUAUCAAAAUUAUUUAGCUUGUACAAAAUAUGGGAUGCUAUCAUUCUUGUAUACUGUAUUUUUGUAAGCCUAAAUCAUUUGCAGUAAAAUCUAUGGAAAUUUGAGACAAGA